AUGUGUCCAGAAAUGGUAAAGCGGGAAAGUGAACCUAAAAAUACUGAAACUGUAAAAAAUAAAUGUAGUUUAGCUAGUCUUUGUAGCGAUCCGGAAGUUUUUAUGCAAAUACUAAACGUUAAAUUGCGAAAAGGAAAUAAUGAGACUGUUGUUCGCGUAAUUAUUGACACCGGAUCACAGAAAUCGUACAUCACGGAAGAUGCAGCGGCCCUGGUGGGAUAUGAACCAGCUGCUGAACGACAAAUGACGCACUCCUUCGGUGGACAAAAAUCAGGUACACUGAACCACAAAGAAUAUGUGGUGCACUUAAGAAGCUUGGACGAUGGCUACGCGUGUAAUUUAUCCGCGCUGGGACAAACGGUUAUUUGUGGGGAGAUUUCAUCGAUCAAGAGUGUAAUAUGGCUUGAAGAGUUACAGAAAUUAAAUAUCAAAAUUAUGGAUGUGAACAAUGGCGUUCUGUCGGUUUCGAUUCUCAUAGAAGCCGGCAUUGCCGGUAAAUUAUUAACCGGCCGAAGACAGAUAUUAGAGUGCGGAUUAGUGGCUGUAGAAACCCUGUUAGGAUGGACUCUCAUGGGCGCAGUGCCCGUAAUUGAAAAGCGUGAAGACAUGGUUCAGGUAUUAAAGACUAUCGAAACUAAAACACAGAAGGAGCACGAAGAGAAAGUAAGGAAGGAUUUCUUAAAAACAGUAAAGUUGAAUAAAGAAGGUCGUUAUGAGGUGCGACUGCCAUGGUUAGAAAAUCAUACUGUUUUGAAUAACAAUAAAGAUAUGGCUAUUCGUCGCCUUCAAUCGACUGUCAAGAAAUUACAAACGAAAGGUCUCUACGCGGAGUACAAUUCAAUUUUCGAAAGUUCGCUUGCAGAGGGCAUCGUUGAGCGCGUCCCGGAGAAGGAAGCGAAUAAUUGGGCUCACUAUUUGCCAUAUCGUCACGACAUCAAGGAAAAUAGUACUACAAGGAUAAGACCAGUGUUCGACGCUUCAGUCAAGGAGCGCCAGUUUCCAUCCUUGAAUGAAUGUUUGGGAAAGGGUGCAAAUCUCAUCAAACUUGUGACUUCCGUCUUAUAG